AUGGGGCCGGCUGCGGGCGGCGGCGGCGUGGUGCCCUGGGCGGCGGAGGUGGGGCUGAGCGUGCUGCUCGCCGCGCUGUGCGGCAGCCUGUUCGCCUUCGCCUACCUGCAGCUGUGGCGGCUGCUGUGCUCGCGGGAGAAGCGGCUGGGCUACGGCUCGGCCGGCCUGUUCGUGUGCCUGGGCUGGGCGGCGCUGCGCACCGUGCUCUUCGCCUGCUGCCUGCAGGGCGCCCUGCGCGGGGGGGCCCUGCGCCGCCUGCCGCCCUUCGCGCACUGGCUGCUCUUCUGCUGCCCGCUCUGCCUCCUCUUCGCCGCCCUCUGCCUGCUCAACCUCUACUUCGCGGAGGUCAUCUUCAAAGUCAAGUGCGCAGCUGAAUUCAACAAAUACAAGACUGCCUUAUACCUGGCCUCCGUAUUCACGAGUCUCUUCUUCCUGUUUGUGAACUUAACGUGUGCGUUAUUGGUUCAUGAGGAUGCCCCGGAGGAUCGGCUGAGAUGGGCAGUUUUCACCCGGGCAUUCGUCAACGACAGCCUCUUCAUUCUCUGUGCCAUUUUGCUGGCGUACUGCAUGUGCCGGCUGUCCAGAUUGUCUUCAGCAAACGUCUACCUCGAGUCCAAGGGUACAUCUCUCUGCCAAGCUCUCAUUGUGGGUUCGGUGUUCAUCCUGUUGUGCUCGUCGAGGGCCUUCUAUAACUUGGUGGCAGUGGCUAUCUCCCCUGACCAUGUGCCCAGUCCCUUCAACUAUGGCUGGGACAGCCUUUUGGAUCAGGCUCGAGGGGAAGAAGUCAGCAGUGAGGAGUACGUGGUCUUUGGGGUGGUCCUUUUCAUCUGGGAACUUGUGCCAAUUGUGUUUGUGGUCCUGUUCUUCCAAGCGCAGAGGCUGUCACAGAACUUGGCGCCUGCCGGAAUGGUCAACAGCCACAGCUUCAGCUCCCGGGCCUACUUCUUUGACAAUCCCCGGCGGUAUGACAGUGAUGACGAUUUGCCCAGGCUUGAGGGAGGAAGAGGAGAAGGAGGAAGCUUGGCUACUCCCCAGAACUCCGGCUGGUACGGUUCUCUGACGGAGAGUGACAACGGCAGCGUGAUACCUCCCCUGAGUGCAUCUAGCGUGGUUGCUGCCCCCUCUUCUCUUUGA